GGCUGCAGAAAACAAGGAUCAACCAAACAAUGGGGGACAAAUAACAAAACACAAAACAAAAACAGCCCCCCCACACCCAACCAGGAACAGGAGUGAGAUCACUGGGUCAAAAUAAAGGAUCCAGUGGGGACACCAGUCAGAGAAUCCCAGAUAGUGUCCACCACUACGGCUUCAAGAGAGAAUCGAGAGGGGCCGUGGAUUCCACUCAGAACGAACUCUGUCCCGGUGUGUGAAUGGCAAAGUGCCGAGAAAUAUACUCCACAGUCACUGACAACACCCCCAUCCAGCCUCCCCCUGUGUUAGCGAGAAUGAUGUCAGAAAAGCAUUUCUCAUUAUUUCUAGUAAACUGGCUUGAGGCAGAAAUGGGUUGUGAACUCUUCAGCUCAGUGCUGUAAUUUGUCAUUUAUCUCUGCCUCAGUUUCCCUAUCUAUAAAAUAGUGAUACUGAUGCUCACCAGCCUCAGUGGGGGCCUUAUGAGGCUGAAUUAAUUGAAGCUUAUAAAGCGCUUUGAGAUCUUUAGAAGGAAAGUGCUACUGAAGGGCCAAGCAUUAUCAUCAUGUUAUUAUUCAGAUGUAGUAAGUUGUUGGACCCUUGUCUUGAGUGAUGAAUAAUUGUGGGGAGGAGGGGAGCAGAGAAGACAUCAUUGCCAGGCAUUUAUAUCAAGGAUCUGAUUUGCAUUGGCAGGUCUGGCUGGUGAGAUUUUUAAGGUACCCGUUCCUAUGGCAGGGCUGGCCAAAGUGCAGUAAAGGGCUCAGUGCCACAUAAGGCCAUCCUUUUUUUAUAUAUGUGGAGGUGACCAUAGACAGUAAACCCCGACAUGCAAUGCUCCCUCUUGAUUUGAAUGGAAGGCAGUGCAUUCUGGGCUCUGUAGCCUGGGCAGGCUGCACAGUCUGUAUUACAUAUGAAGAUAGCCGCAGUCUCCUUCAUGUUAUGAAAUUCUGCGCAGGCACGGUAGGACAAAAUCUAGGGGUCUUUGUUCUAAUGGAUGUUUGUCUUUAUUUGCUGAAGGUUGGGUGGUACAAUGCUGUUCUUCAGCCGUCCUUUCACCUCCAAUACUCCGAGGACACCCUGGCAUUCAUUGUCCUCAGCACCCCCUCAAUGUUUGACAGAGCCUUUAAACCCUUUGUAGACAAACAGCUGCUGAAAAAAAUCAAUGACCCAGUGGAUCAAUGCGUUUCUUAUCAUCUGUCACUCGUGAAGGAGAGUCUCCCUGACCAGAGGGUGGACAUCAUCUAUGAUUAUGAGAUCCUGCCAAACAGGAAGCCCAAGUUUCUGGCCCAGACAGCUGCCCAUGUGGCUGGAGCAGCAUAUUACUACCAGAGGAAGGAUGUGAGGUGUGAUCCUUGGGGAGAAAAGAAGAUCUAUGGCGUUUGUAUCCAUCCCCGGUACGGAGGCUGGUUUGCUAUCCGAGGUCUCCUCAUAUUCCCAGAUGUUCAGGUGCCAUUCCUGGAGCAGGUUGCCCCUGUUGAUUGUGUGGCCUCGGAGGAGAAGCGAAUAGAGCUGCUGGAGAAAUUCAAUUUCCACUGGCGGGACUGGAGCUAUAGGGACAUCAUUGAAGUGAAGGAACGGUACUCGGAGGAGCAGAAAGCCUACUUUGGAGCUCCUCCAGCAGAGAGAUUCAAACUGCUAGAGGUGCAGGGAGUUGUCCAGAGAAGUGCGUACUGCUGAGUAACACGGUUCCGAGUGCGGGGUAGGGAAUGAACAGAGUGCCCUCAUCCUCCAUAGCGGUUAUGAAGGGGUGGCAGAUCCCACAUGAAUCAGUACUGGGUUUACAAUGGCACCAUGGUGCUGGGCCCCCACUCAAAAGGUGCCCCAGCCUGGCACAGCCCGCUCCACUUUUGCUGCGCCUGGAGCACCUGGUUUCUCUCUCCCUCCUCCCCCCACCGCUCGCUCCUCUCGGCCCACUGAGGGGUCCUCUCUGCCCCCGUCACCAGCAGGCUGCUGCCGGCAGAGCCAGGGGCAGAGAGGAGCCCUCAGCUACUGCCGCUCCAGCUGGGCCAGUGACCAUCCACUUCGGGCUCCCCAGGAGCGGGGCCUGCCUCUCCCUGCCACUCUGCAGAAGCGACCGUCUUGGGAAGUUGGAGGCUGCCUCGCCCCCCCACCCAUGCAAGGAAAUGCCUCCUCAACCACAAGCACCAUCAGUGCCAGGUGGGUAGGGCUGGGUGGGGUCCUGGGGGACAGAGGACGCUCUGUGCUCCUGAGCUUCAGUUGUCCUGCCCCCUUGAACUGUGCUGGGAGGGGGAUCCCUGCUCUGCACUGGCUCAGCAGGGUCUUGGG